AUGUCUUCUAUGAUGUCCACUUUAAAAGGCGUAGUGGCAGGCGCACUCAUCACACCAAUCGUUGCCAAAUUCGUUAUUGCUCCAAGAAUGUUUGAUCCUAACAUCAUGAAAGAGAUUCAUUACAUUCAAAAGGAGUUGGAUUUCGUUGGUUGGAACGUGAGACAUUUGGAGGAAGAAAGAGGAAUAAAAGAAGAUGAUUUAUACACACCGGCAACGUACUAUGCACAAGGAUAG